CCAGCCCAAAAUCGGUAGGAAAGUGAUAUAUUUUAUCGUUAAAAUAAACAAGUAGUUACAAUAUAAUACUCUUCUUAACACUGGCUCUACUAGUAAAAGCCCUAGAAGUUGUGCCUCCACAAGUAUAAUAUAAUAUCGUGGUUAACAUAGAGUACUACUUUUGUAACUCGACAAAUCGAUCAAGUUUUCAUUGUAUCGUGCUCCGCGUAUUACUGUUGUCGUUCAGUACUGUUGCCUAAAACGUAGCUUAUUAUUACAGCCUGUUGAAUGUAGGCUUCUAACCCAGCAGCCCAGGCUUACCUUCCGAAUAUUUUCAAGACAUUGAGAAACGAAGAUAUUGUCUUGACGGUAGGAGGUCGAGACAUUAUGUCACUAGAGGCGGUGGACGUGGAGAAUUCCGAAUGUGUAAUUAUGAUAGAAAGCAAUGGCCCUGAAGAUGAGUUUAAAUAUGAGGUGGCCCUGGAGCCAGGGUGCGUAGAGCUGCCUGUGGACUGCACUGCAGAUGAGGAGGCAGAAGACCCUUUAAGGAUGGACAGUGGGUCGAAGGGAGCCGACGAGUUCAAGUUCGAGGUGGCCGUGGAGCCCGAGUGUGUGCUCGUGCCCGUCGAGAUCGAGAGCAUUCACGACAAAUCCCGCCCCUUCCUACUCCCGCUUUGCGAUCACGACGCCGCCGACACCACAAACUCUGAAGAGGAGUUACAGGAAACUUACACAGACUCUCCACAAAACGCAGAGAACGUCUGUGACAACUGCGGGAGAGCAUACGCACACAAACGAAGUCUGAUCCGCCACAUGGUGAUCUGUCUGCCCGGGACGACACCUAACCCUAAUAUAGUCACUCAAAGCACUACCAGGGCAAAGAAAUUUACCUGCGAAAUUUGCCAACAAACGUGCGACGAUUUUGAACAUUUAAAAAGUCAUAUCCGAAGCCACACAGGAGACAAACCAUUCACAUGCGAAAUUUGUAGCAAAGAAUUCGCACUUUUAUACUAUCUGAAGAAACAUAAGCGAAUUCACGCCGGGGAAAUAUCAUGUGAAGUGUGCAAUAAAGCAUUUGCGACACCUAGUCAUUUGAAACGACAUCAAUCAACUCAAAGGUGUGCAAAGACAUUCUCGUGUAAGCUAUGUGACGAGAAAUUUGCAACGAUAAGUAGUUUCAAUAUCCAUCAGCGAACUCACACUGGUGAGAAAAUAUUCUCUUGCAAGAGUUGUCCGAAGAAGUUUACGAGCUCGAGCAACUUGAGGAUACACGGGUAUAUUCACACGGGGGAGAAGCCGCACAAGUGCGAGUUCUGCAGCAAGCGGUUCACGCAGGUGAGCACUCUGAACAACCAUCGGCGGGUACACACAGGUGAAAAACCAUACUCAUGCGAAUAUUGCUUGAAGAAGUUUGCGUUUUUAGGCAAUUAUAAGGCACAUAAACUUAUUCACUUAUAAUAACGUUAAAGUCGGUUUAGAAAUGAAAUAUUGGAUGAACACUUUAAUAUAUAAUGGUCGAAGGGCUAAAAGAUAUAAGUUGUAUUAUUUAUGAAAAACAAAUAAAGAAGAUGUGUAUA